AUGGAAGAAAAGGACAGGCCAGGACGCUUGAUAUUCAGGCGGCCGCUGUUGAGUGAACGCCUACUGCGCUAUCAGCCGUGGAACCUCUCCUUUCCCGACGACUUCAGUGCGCUGUGCGAGGAGCGGCAGCCAGAGCUGUCGCAGGUGUUCAGCCUAGCUGCCUCACUGUACGCCGCCUAUCGCGUCUACUGGUACACUGCCGCUGAGUACAUCGAUUUAUUAUACGAAGAUGAAUUCAAGACUGUAGACGAGGAGUGGCAGCUGGAGGACAGAAGCAGCGCUACACUCUCCGUGGACACUGACUGCGUGCAGCUGUUGGCGAACGCCCUGGACCACCCCACGUGUCCGCUGGAAGACCUGCCUCUGGAAGCAGUUAAGCAGCGCGAGCAGUGCCGUGUGCAGCUGUGGGACGACGUGGUGCAGAGGUCGCCCCACAUACCUGUGACCAGCUACUUGGCCUACACGCAGAGGGUGAACGUCAACCUCUGUCUGCUGGCCUGGAUGGCAGUCAACUCGUACAGCAUUUGUCAGGGCGUCCCGUUUAAUGGAUGCCUGGGCGACGGAGACGCCGACCGCUCAGCCACGCAGCCUGCACAGCUGUGA